AUGUCAAAGGUAGUCGCAGUGAAGGAGGCUGUCAAGGAGACCCUCAUAGGCUCUGAGGAGCCAGUGCAGGUGUCAGUCCAGACAAAGAUGCGCUUCAAUGCGAAUGCUGUCAAGGACCCUGAGUCUGGCGAGUUGGUGAUGGGCCCUGAGGAGUUCAUUAAUGCUGUCGCGCCAAUAAAUGAGGACUAUCACAAGAUCAAGCGAGACCAGUACUCCCUCCUGUUCCGAGUAGCCGACCGACAAGGCAAGGGCAAGGUGACCAUGGCAGAUUGGAUUUACUUCGAGAACAUCCUGAACAAGCCCGACGCCGAGUAUGAGAUCGCAUUCCGUCUCUUCGACAUCGAUCGCCUCGGAUACGUCAAGUAUGAGGAUUUCAAGCGCCUCUAUGAGCAGAACAAGGGCCCAGACAGCCUCGGUUUCGACUGGAACUGCGAGUGGGCCAAGCUCUACAUCGGCGGCAGCAAGCGGCGCCAUCAUAUGGACUACCAGCAGUUCUCGCAGAUGUUGCGCGGCCUGCAGGGAGAGCGCAUACGACAGGCGUUCCUCCAGUUCGACAAGAACGGCGACGGCUUCAUCGAGCCCGAGGACUUUGAGCGCAUCAUCCUGGAGACCUCGAAACACAAGCUGUCCGACCAUGUCCUCGAGAACCUGAGCACCCUGUGCAACAUCACUCAAGGCAGCAAGGUGUCGUACGCGAACGUGCGGGCUUUCCAAAACAUGAUUAAGGAGAUGGAUCUGGUCGAGCUCAUCGUCCGCAAGGCCUGCACCAAGAGCACAGACGGCAGGAUCACGCGCGCCGAGUUCCUGAACCAGGCCGCCAAGAUCACGCGCUUCUCGCUGUUCACGCCCAUGGAGGCCGACAUCUUGUUCCACUUCGCCAGUAUGGAUGAGCCCUCGGGCCGUCUGGGCCUUCGGGACUUCGCCAAGGUGCUCGACCCGUCCUGGAGAAACCCAGCUGAUGAAGACGGCGUCGGCAGGCUCGCGUUGACCCAGGCCAAGUCCAAGACAGCCGCAGUCUUUUCUCAGAUCCUCGAGUCUGGGUACAACUUCGUGCUCGGCAGUGUGGCAGGCGCUUUCGGUGCCUUCAUGGUCUACCCAAUCGAUCUGGUCAAGACGCGCAUGCAAAACCAGCGAAGCGCACAAGUCGGACAGGCAUUGUAUAACAACUCAAUUGACUGUUUCAGGAAGGUCGUGCGGAACGAGGGUGCUCUCGGCCUGUACUCGGGUGUGCUGCCGCAGCUCAUCGGUGUGGCGCCUGAGAAGGCCAUCAAGCUGACCGUGAACGAUCUCGUCCGUGGUUGGUCAACCGACAAGACCACCGGCCACAUUGCCCUCUGGGCCGAGAUCCUUGCCGGUGGUAGUGCUGGAGGUUGUCAAGUGGUUUUUACCAAUCCUCUCGAGAUCGUCAAAAUCCGUCUCCAGGUUCAGGGAGAAGCUGCCAAGAAGGGAGCCAAAGGCGCUGCCCCGAAGAGAUCUGCCAUGUGGAUUAUUCGUAACCUUGGUCUCGUCGGUCUUUACAAGGGAGCGACAGCUUGCCUGGCCCGUGAUGUCCCGUUCUCGGCCAUCUACUUCCCCACGUACAGCCACCUCAAGAAGGACUUGUUCGGCGAGUCGCCCACCAAGAAGCUCGGCAUCUUCCAGCUGCUAAUGGCUGGUGCCAUCGCCGGGAUGCCCGCCGCAUACCUGACCACGCCGUUCGAUGUGAUCAAGACGCGCCUGCAGGUCGAGGCCCGCAAGGGCGAGACCAGCUACAAUGGCCUGACGCACGCCGCGAAGACGAUCCUCAAGGAGGAGGGCCCUCGCGCCUUCUUUAAGGGAGGUCCAGCUCGUAUCCUCCGAUCGUCUCCGCAGUUUGGCUUCACGCUGGCAGCGUAUGAGGUGCUUCAGAGCGUGGUCCCGUUCCCAGGCAAGAAUAAGACGGGCCCUACUGCGACAGGUGUUUCCGAGGCCCUAUCGACUCUUCGAGAGAAAAUCGAUACGAGCCCCUUUGGUAGGAGUCGAAAUGCCUUGAAGAUCAUCCUCGAUGUCGAUGAGGAUUUCGGCCGUGUUCGCCUGCCCAACCAGAAGGGCUGGAAAGACCUGCCUGGCUUCAUGCAGGGAAGUGCUACAAAGGCAUAA